AUGGCUCCGACAAUCUUCCUCCUCGCCCUAGGGCUCUUCUCCUCCCUUGUGCUGGGACAGGAUUUUGGCUGCAUGUCCGGCAUUCGACAGGCCCUGGCACCAUUCUACUUCUCCGGCGGGCAAGUGUUUGAUUACUAUCAGAACUUGUGCGCCAAUGAGCUCCGUGUCACUUCGAUCUACGCGGCUGCUAAGGUGUAUUGCACUGAGAAAGAGAUUGAAGUUGGGGUUUCGACUCUAGAAGACAAUUGUUUUACCUGGGGCGAAGUUGAAGCUAUCCCAUGGUCUGAGAUUGAACCUAAACUUACCGAUGAAUACAUUGCUUCUCUUCCGACCCUCACGUUUGAGGAUCGUGCAGCUGGUGGUGUGUUAUCUGAGCCAUACCUUAUCGACGAGGAGUACUACCAACUCGCUGUAAGAGCCGCGAUUGUUCCAAACAGGCAAUUCAAUCUGCAUAUGAAGUAUGGCUGGGGUGUCUACGGAUUCUGGGGUGGACUUAUCUUCAUUGGGAUGGCAAGCCGUUUCAUUUCCUUUGUUUCACGAUCCAGACUCAGACGCCCUGCUGCUGAUAUCGAGGGUGAGGGCGUCACUCGUAAAUCUGGCCUUCUCUCUCUCUUUAAGGCUGUUCAUCACUGGUUCCGCACCAACCUCAUCAUCCCCGCCGCAUUUGGCUCCCACCAUCAGCGACUAUAUUAUUGGUGUGCUAUCCCUACCCGGAUGGAGACUCUAAUCGUUGUCAUGUACUGGGGUCUGAAUAUCAUCCUAUGUGCCAUCUCGUACGAAAUACUCCAUAAAAUGUCAGCCUGGGGUCGACCAUCUAUUCAACUUUGGAAACAUAUCGCGGAUCGGACUGGAAUCAUCUCAUACGCCAAUUUACCCUGGCUCUGGCUGUUCUCUGGUCGCAACAAUAUUUUCAUAUGGGCUACAGGCUGGAGUUACUCUUCCUACAGCAUCUAUCACAGGCACAUUGCCCGGGUAGCUACGAUCCAGGCGGUCAUCCACUCCAUUGCAUGGAGUGUGAUGGAAGGUGAUGUUGGUUCUUUGGGACGGUCAUGGGGGGAGCACUAUUGGUACAUGGGAGGAAUUGCUACCAUCACCAUGAGUCUUCUCAUGGGUCUUUCUUCGGUAUACCUCCGAAUGCGGCAUUAUGAAGUAUUCUUGAUCAUUCAUAUUGUCUUUGCUGUUUUGACGCUGGUUGGACUAUGGUACCAUACGGUCGAUAUUGGUGGAGGGUUAUAUGACAAUUAUAUAUGGCCCUGUGUCGCAAUCUGGUCCUUUGACAGGCUUGUUCGAUUUGUGCGAUUAGCCUAUUGCAACUACCGGGUACGAUACUCUGGAACAGCGCCACUAUCUACCACGUCGAUAGCGACAUACAGCAAAGACACCGACAUGAUCCGAAUUGAAUCGGUUGUAGGGCCAAAUCUCCUCCGUCCUGGACCAGGUCAACAUUAUUUCCUCUACCAGUACAACAGGCUUCUAUUCUGGGAAAACCACCCAUUUACAUUGGCAGCUUGGUAUGGUUCAAACGACAGUGAUUCCAGCAAGUCGAAAAUAUCCUCAGAAACGGAGAGUGCCUCAGAGAAAGCAGCCGCAACCACUGCUGUCGGUGAAGGAACAGAAAAGCCCAUUCCUUCGGAGGGUACUCCCGCCGCUGCCGUCACAGAAGUCACUGACAACACCCAACGAGAUGUCAUCUCAAGCGCCUCAUCGUCAGGAAGCCUGUCCUCGCCAGCGGAAAAGAACAACGCUCCCGAAGAGAAUCAGCUACCAAUUGCUGCCGGACAGUAUAAGCUUGUCUUCCUAAUCCGACCAUUUGAUGGCUGGACAAAACGUCUCCGCGACCAAUGCAUCAAGGCUGGCCCAGAGGGCCUCAACGCAAAACUGUUUGUUGAAGGACCAUACGGAGAAAAGAGCCCCGUGCUAUCAUUCGAGAACGUCAUCUUCAUCGUCGGAGGCACCGGUAUCGCCGGAGCAAUUUCAUACCUACAAGAAUACGACCGACUGAUGGCGUCGAAAUCACAGAAAGUCCUCGCCCGAGACAUCACCGUCGUAUGGUCAGCCAAGCAAGCUCACAUCAUUCGCGACGUGAUGAAUCGCGAACUCAGACCGUUCUUGAACCGACCAGACAUUCAUUUCAAAUUCUACGCCACUCGAGAUAACAAGAUUGCGUCGUCGUCGUCGAUGAUCGAAUCUGAGAAACUAGGUACCACCAGACAAACCCAGAUCUUCGAUUCAAGACCGGAUAUUCGUCAAAGUAUCUUUUCUGUCGUCGAUCAGGUCGAUAGCGCAGGCUCUCGGGGUGGUAGAAUCGCUAUCUUUACCUGCGGCCCAGCGGCUAUGGCUGACGAAGCUCGUCUUACUGCCCAUGAGGCCCUCAAGGCUGGGAAACAGGGUUUGGAGUAUAUCGAGGAAGCUUUUGGGUAA